AUGAUUAACGCUGCACAUAUGUGUCAAUUUGCUACAUGUAAAAAUCAAGCAACGAGUUCGUGUUACUUCUGCCAACAAGAAGCCUAUCAAUCACCUUUUGUUCAACAUAAUACAACGAUAAUAAAUGAGGUUAAUGCAUUAAUUGAACGAAUGAAUACAGUCGCAGAUAGUAUGACAACGAUUUCGAUCACAUCAAUGCGAGCGUCACUCAACACUCAAUUGCAACAAUGGCGUGAUGAAAAUAUCAAUUUCAUAAAUAAAAUCUAUAAACAAAAACAAGUGGAGUUAAAUGCGAAGAUUGUUCAUUUGGACGCGAUUUUAAGUCAAGUCAAAGUCGAGAAACAGCAAGAAAUCACUCAAAUUAGACUGAAAAUUUCUGAAUUAGUCAAUGUUGGUGGACCUACGUGUGAACAAAUGGUUCGUUUACGUAAGCUAGUAGAUCAAAUAGCAAUAGAUUUGGAUAAACUACGUUCAGCAACGAUUCGGAUCGACACUCAACCGUGUAAUUUGGAUACUUGUCGAAUUGUUUAUAUCGAUCCACUAUUGAAUAUUCAACCGGAAAAUGUAACAGCGUCGGUUUCAAAAAAUCGAAUAAACGAUGAUGUUCGACAUUUCAAUAAAGUUCCAACACAUGCUCGUCCAUCUCCAUCCAAACCGAUACCAACCAUGAGACAUAGGCAAGGAGCGCCUGUUCCUACUGUCGAAUCGCCACCAGUAGCUCAAUCGUUUCAUUCUUCUGGUCCAUCAACUAGCUCACAAUCACAUAUUCCAAUGCCACCACCGGUUCCUGAUCCACCUCAGCCGUCGAAAUCAUCUCACAUGUCAAUGCCACCACAUGUAUCCGAACAUUCUCAUAGCUCGAGAGACUGUCAUUCGUCGACAUCAUCCGAAUCACCAGAAUUAUCACCAAUGUCGAGAUCUCCUGAGAUACCAAUGCCACCACCUGUUCCGAAAACUCAAACCGAGACAACACCAAACCAUAUACCGAUGCCGCCACCGCUGAACAAAGCAUCAAAUAUCCCUAUGCCACCUCCUCUUUCGACGCCUUCAUCCGUUCCUUUACGUACAAUAAAACGAUAUGGUAAACAUCAAGUUAUGUUCGAGUAA